UGACGGAACAUGUCACUUAAUUUUUUUUUAAGAGUCGAUACGAUAGGAUGAAUCAAAUAAUUUAUCACUUUAGCUCAAAAAUAAAGGAGUUUAAAGAAGAAUGGGAAAAACCAUCUCGAAAUUUAGAAAAAUGUGGGCUAAUUUUACAAAAUUUGAAAAAUAGUCUUAUGACAUUAAAUUUUUUUCCUAUUGAUCAAACAACCCCUCUAUCUAAGCAAGAAUUAUUAAUAGCCAGAGAUGUUCUGGAAUAUGGUAUCCAAUGGAGUAUUGAAGCUCAAGAUAUUAUAUCUUUUGAACAAUAUAUAUCAAAACUAAAAGCAUACUAUUAUGAUUACAAAAAUUUACUGCCUGAAUCUGCUUAUUAUUUUGAAAAUCUUGGAUUAAAUCUGUUAUUCUUAUUAUCUCAAAAUCGCCUUGCUGAAUUCCACUGUGAAUUAGAACGAUUAAAUCCAAAAGAUUUAGCUAAUAAUGUAUACAUACGUUAUCCGGUCAUGAUGGAACAAUAUUUAAUGGAAGGGAGUUAUAAUAGUGUGUUUUUAGCAAAAGGAACAGUUCCGGCAUCUUCUUACAAUUAUUUUGUUGAGAUUUUAUUGCAUACUAUUAGGAACGAUAUAGCUGACUGUUUAGAAAAAGCUUAUAAAUCUAUAUCAAUCGAUGAAGUUGGGAAACUUUUAUUUUUUUCAAAUAAAAAAGAAUUAUCAGAUUUUAUUGACAAGAAGCAUUGGAUAGUUCGCGGCUCUAAAAUUAAUUUUGUGAAUAACGAUAUAUCUGGUGCCAAAAGUGGAUUAAAGCCUUAUGAAUUAACAAUUAAUUCCUUGAUGUAUGCCAAAGAACUGGAAAAGAUUGUUUAAAUUUUCUUAAUAAAAUUACAUUCUGCAUUUUAUUGAUAAAAUUAAAUUUUAAAAAUUGCUUAAAUUUUAUUAAUAAAAUCACAUUUUGUAUA